AUCCGCCUGCGUCCCGACCACGUGGUCAAGAAUUCUGGGUUGCGGGCCGUGGCCAAACUUCCUAAACAGCCUGUGGGGGAAGUUUGGACAAAAUCCUUCCUUCACCAACACCGAGUACGUGACAGAACCCAAGCAAUUUGCAGAGUUGAUGUUCGGAGGCAAAGUCGACGUCAAGUACAUCCUCCUCAUCAACGACGAUUUGGCCCAAGUGCAAUUUGAAAAGAAAACCGAGUUUGUGCAACCGAGUCCCUUUGCCAGCGUCGUGCACGCUGAUUUUGUCACCUCGUAUGCUCGGCUGGCCUUGUACCAACAACUGGAGCGGUUGGAUGGGCGCGUGGGAACGGACGAGAGCUGUUUGCCCCGCGUGCUCUAUUUCGACACAGAUUCCAUCAUCUAUCUGACGCGGCCCGGCGAGAAGCCGCUGGAACUGGGGGAUUAUCUGGGCGAUUUGACGUCGGAACUCGACGCUCAAGACUCCAUCGAGUGUUUUGUGUCGACGGGGCCCAAGAGUUACGCUUACCGCACGAAGCAAGGCAAGAACGAAGUCAAGUGCAAGGGCAUCCCGCUCAACAUCACSUCUUCRGAGAAAGUCAAYUUUGACAACAUGGUMWUGCUGGUCCACCARAGCGUCGRCGAGCAAGYUCAGAUCAACGUGUCGUUGCCGCGACAGAUUAGACGCGACCCCGAACGACGAGUGCUGCGCACCGUGGACGUCGAGAAGCUCUUCCAAGUGGUCUACGACAAGCGGUUGCGACGUGGCGUGCGACACACGGUGCCUUACGGCUAUUUGCCUAAUACAUUUUUGUAA